CAAUCCUCGGCUUUCAUAGAGCCCUUUGUGGUGGUGACGAGCCUGUAGUGGAGCUUAAUGCGGCCGUCCAGGUUUCUUUGCAGGGGUGGCACGUCCGGAAUUUCAAGCUCCCCAGUGAUACAGGCGCUUCCCACCACAAUUCAUAUGCAGCUCCAACCAUCUUCGAUCCAGUUUCCCCAGCUUCGAGAGUUAUACAUUUACCAAGAGAAAGGGGUGUUCCAAACUGACCAUGAAUGCGACUAAACGGAAAUUCAACGCCCUCCUGAAUGGGAUAGGCAACAAAUCCACUACAACAUUAGCUUCGAAAGAAGUAAACAACGGGGACCAAGUCGACCUGACGACUACCGAUGACACAGACUCUCGAGCAAAAAAGCGCCGGAUCAGCAGCUCGACCUCAAUCCCAGCGCGAAUAUCGUCCUCUCUGAUACGGCCAAGAACAAUGGCGACCAUAGUCCACAAGAAGUCUGCAUCUGUAGCACAUCAUACAACGUCGACUGAGACCCCGAAGUAUGCCCCUUGGGAUCGCGCUGACUUCCUUAAGCGCCUGAAAUCAUUUUCGAACCUGACGGACUGGACGCCGAAGCCCGCGAGAGUUAACGAAGUGGAAUGGGCAAAACGAGGAUGGGUCUGCCAAAAGUCCGAGAGGGUGCGGUGUUGUCUGUGUAAUGUGGAAAUACUGGUCAAGUUGAAUAAGAAGGAAGUGGAUGGGAAAGAGGAGCCUGUCUACGUUGCGCAAAAUAUUGAAGAUGCUCUGGUAGACAAAUAUGUUGAACUUAUCAUAAGUUCUCACGAUGAGAGUUGCCUAUGGAAGAAACGGGGGUGUGAUGACUCGAUAUUCAAGCUACCCUUAAAUAAUCCUCCGACUACCAUUGAAAAUCUUCGCGAUCGAUACAGCGAACUCCUGGAAAGAAACCAAACCCUCCCAUACCCAUUCAACAUGCGAACUCCAGAAGGAUUUGAUCUGGAGCUUGUCCUAAGUUAUCUGCCACCCGGAUUUUUCGGCUCUCCCAUUCCUGGGGAACAGUCGAAUAGUUCACCAAUAGAGGUCAACAAGGUUGCCUUUAUGAUGGCAUUAUUCGGCUGGCAAGGACACAAACAUGAACGGCUCGGGCCUCAGCUUGGUUCCGUAUCUUGCUUCGCAUGUUUUAGAGUCCUUGGACUGUGGAUCUUCAAAAGCAAAGAAGUCAACGACGCUGGAGAAGAAGUGGCCGGGGCAGUUGUGGACCGCCUAGACGUUGUCAAGCAGCACCGAGAAUAUUGCCCGUGGCAGAAUCCAAAGUCGCAGAACGGCCGGAACCCCACCAAAACAUCAACAAGUUCUAUGGCUGGCUGGGAAAUUGUAGUACGAAUCCUCAAGAACGACCAUCAUCUGAGAAGUGUGAAGGAUCCCAGGGCAGCCAAGGCUCGUUCGCCUGGACCUGCAAGUGAGUUUGUUCAAGCAGAUGUUGACGAUGAUUAUGCAAAGAGUAUCAGAGAUGAGAAGGACAAGGAACGAUGGGCAAGGCUGAGGAGAGUGAAGAGUCUGUUUGAGACCAAGAAUAAGAGGCGAAGCACUGUGAGCAAAGCAGCUGGCUCGUGAGAUGAAUCGGAAUGGAUUUUUACACAAACAUGGAAUCUAGAUACGUGCUCUAUUGUGGUUUAUAAGAUAGGAAGAGUACAAAAUACCCACAAUGUAACUUGGCACUUAAAGGACAAAUAAUUGCCGUCCCCUCCUGCAUUUUGAGUGCUGUUGCCUGUAGCGCACUAGUAACAGGACGU